CCCAAACCCAGCCCACGUGAAAGAGAAAGAUACAGAGUCAGUGGUCAAGUCGUUGACGGAAGAAACCGAGAAUUCAAUGGUAAGAUCUCAGCCGCCGUCGCCGUCGCCACCGCCACAGCCACCAAAAGAAGCAGUAAUUCGUGGGUAUAAAUUUGCUUGGCGUGUUCUUCUUAUUUCUAACCUUGCUCUUGGAGCUUACAUAUUUACCAGGCCUAGAAAAAAAGAAACAGCAAAGAAAGGCAAGAAGCAUACUGAACUUCCUUCUGCUCCUGAGAUAAAAACCAUUCCUGAUUCUGAAGGAUUUGCCGCUACACCUGGCUAUGAACCUGAGAAAAUGCAGGUGCCGAUUCCUGAAAAUCGAUGGUCAAAACCUUUCAAAUGGUAGUUAGACAAAGAUGGUCAAUGUCAAAGCUUUUUUCGUGCAAAUACAGAUAUGAGAUGAUAGAUAAACCAGCCACAAAAUCUUCAAUCCCCUUAUGGGUUUCUUUUUUUUUUUAUGCCCCGCUUAGAAGAUGAUUAUGAGGAGUGAUUUGCUUUGAUUGCUGUUUUUUGAAAGGUUACGAUGUAGUGGUCAUUUGUAAUGGAAAUAUUUUAUUGAUUACUAAA